UAUAUGACAAAAUUGCUGGAUCUGCUUGACUCUAAAGAUGUUGAUGUUCAGUUUCAAGCAACAAAAGUGAUAGCUAAUCUCACUGCCGAAGAGAGAAAUCAUAAGACAAUUAUGAAAGAAUAUGGUCACGAGGUGUUGAUAGAGGUUCUGAGUAGAAAUCAUCCGGAGGAUAUUCACAGAAUUGCUGUUGGUGCAAUAACCAACCUUGCAGUGACAUAUAACUGCCAGACUCAAAUCAUAGAGCUAGACAUUAUCGAGGUUUUGUCAAACGUAGCAGAGAAGGCUCGAGAUGUUAAGACUGUAGAGAUGGUUGCCAAAGCAAUUGCAAACUUAUGUGGAAAUAAUAAUUUGCAGAAGGAACGUAAAGGGAUUCAAGCUUUGCUCGAAAUAGCGGAUACAUGGCCACAACCCAAAGUUUUUGAAGAAGUAGCUAGGGGGGUCGCAAACUUUGCCAGAGAAACUAGUAAGAAACUUCUUAUUAUUUGCCCAAUAUUCCCAUUGUAUCUCAUUCAUCAUUCAUCUCAUUUAACAGGACAAUCAAAAUUUCAGUCUCCCUUGCUAGCUAGUAAACAUCUGAAGUGGAUAUUAGAAAACAUCGAAAAUAAAAAUUCAGCUAUAAGCCUACAGCUCGAAACAGCUCUCUGCUAUUUAGCACACCUACAAAACGGUAAGUUCUUACAUACAUUCAACAGUGCAUCAAUUACAAUUGUGAGGAAUGAAGUCAUUGUGACACAAUUUUUUAGUUUAGCAGGUGAGAAAAUAAAGCAAAAGGUGGUGAUCAUUGCCAAAAAAAGUUCCAACGAAGAUAUAAGAAUUUUUGCAGAGAUCACUCUCAACAAAAUUGAUCACAUAGGUAUUAAUGAUCACACUGACACCUCUUGGAAACCCUGCAGGGUUACCCUUAGAGGAGACUUCAGGAUCGAUUCAGAUCCUCUGGAUUUCACGUUCUCUCAUGAUUUUACCAGUUUUUCCGUGACAAGUGCAUCAUAUAGUCGAUGUUUGUUCCCAAAUUCCAGUGUUGAAGAAAUUAACAAAUUUCGAAUCAGUAUGAAUCUUGUGAAGAGGAAUGAAGAUAAAGGGGAAGAGACUAUUGGUGAUUUGAAACUCAGUUUAGACACUCAACUUGGAAGCAAAAGUUCUAAAGUCUUUUUGGGGAGAUUUAAAAACCGUGAUGUUGCUGCGAAACGCUCUCUUAUUAUUAAGAAGGGUAACUUAGAAAUAGAUAGGCUCAGUUCAUAUGACAGCCAUCCAAAUAUUGUUACGUCUUUUGGUUUUGUGUCAGACAAACAGUAUAACUACAUUUGUUUUGAGCUUUGCAAAUGUAGUUUAGAUAUGUUGAUUAGUUUUUGUAGCUCAAAACAAACCGGGGGAAGAAAGUCUGCUGCAGAUCCAGAUUUAAUCAACCUAAUGCAAGGAAAGCAAUUGUGGGAUGCCAAUAGUAAUCCUUCUGAAACUCUAAUAAAUCUAAUGAAGAAUAUAGCUUAUGCUCUUGACUUCUUGCAUACAUUGAAAGUUGUUCAUACAGCCAUAAACCCAGAGAAUAUCUUGGUUACUGAUUCUUUGACUGCCAAAUUGUCACGGUUGGGUGACAUCAUUUUAAUCUCAGAGGAGUUGGUGUCUAGUACUUUUCUAUCGAGUUCUAGUAAUUUAGGUUGGCGGCCAGUCGACAAGUCAGUUACCUAUGCAUUAGAUAUGUUCAGCUUUGGGUGUAUUCUCUUUUAUUCACUCUCCGGUGGUCUUCAUCCUUUUGGAGAUGAGAAGAAUUGUGUUAAACACAUUGCUAGUAACCAACCAAGUUUAUCGGAAAUAAAUCAUCUGCCAGAAGCUAAGCAACUCGUUAGAGGUUUGCUGAACUCUAAUCCUGAAUCACGUCCUAGUGCAUCUGAAGUGCUUAAACAUCCAAUAUUUUGGAGCACAGAUAAAAAGAUUCAAUUAAUUGUUGAGGCUAGUGACCAUUUCACUGCUGUACCAGCCUUUCUGCAAAAUCUUACAGCCACUGAAAGAAAGAUAACGACUGCAUUGGCUAAGAAAUGGGUCAGCCAGGUAGAUGGAAAUGUCUUGAAUUCAAUGAGAAGUAAGUACAGGGACAACGAUUUUGGGGAAUUGGUGCGUUUCUUCAGGAAUUGUAAAUGUCACUACUCUGAUAUCAUGAUAGAUAUAAAGGGGAGUAUAGUUUCUAUUCAGACGGUUAUGGGAGACAUGCCAGAUGGAUUUCAUAGCUAUUUUGCUUCUCGGUUCCCAGAAUUGCUGAUGGUAGUGCACAAUAUCAUUUCCAACAACUUAAGAUCUGAAUCUAAGUUCAACAUGUUUUUCAAAAAGACAUCAUAAGAGAUAUGGGGAGACUCAAGCUGAAUGAGGUGAGAAAUGUGACCGGUGAGAGCAAAGUGAAGAUUGUUUUCAUUGUAAUAGGAAGUUUCUAAAUAUAAGAGUAGUAGUAGCCUAGAGUAAAAAACUUAUGCAUUGUUUGAGUUGGAAUCAUAAGUUUGUUGGUGCUAAACGUGAUCUAAUUGACUCAGAUUUGGGUUUAUACAUUUUGUUCUCUUUGGAGAUAAGAUUCAAGUAAGACAAGAUUUGGUAUUUAAUUUGACGAUAGAGUUUUGCAUUUGAUUAAUUUCAUGUUGUAACAAGUGCCCCCGGGUUGUUUUAUGUGUGUUUCUGCCCGCGAACACUCUUAGCUGCCUCAGAAUUUCUUGUGCUUAUGAAUUGAUGUCUUCAAUGCCUGCGACCACUCUUGGUCAAGGAGCCAACAGAGGC